ACUGCAGUUAGAACUGUAAGUGGAUGGGGAAUCCGGCAGGCGAAUCGUUGGACUGUCAACUGUCGCACGGUGCGACAGUUCAACGAUCGGACUGCAGGCGGAACUGCUAGUUAGUGGAGGCUCCCGUGACAGGCCACAGUCGACAGUCCAAGCUGCGAGAUAUGCGCAUGCGCUAGCUCAGCUGCUCCGUGUCGGCCUCAUGCGUCAUUGAGUGGUGAGCGUUUGGUGGUUGCGCAUUGUUUUGUUUGUGACGCGGCAAUCAUGGCCAGUUGGUCGAAGGAUAAUCUUUUACAGUUUAUAGAGGAGUUUAGGAAACAUGAAUGUGUAUGGAAGGUUAAGUCAAAAGACUAUCACAAUAGGGAAAAGAAGGAAGCAGCCCACCGUAGUUUACUAUUAGUAGUGAAAGGGUUUGACAGUACUGCAACAAAAAGCGAUGUGUUGAAGAAGAUAAACAAUAUCAGAAGUGCAUUUCGUAAGGAACAAAGAAAGGUAACAGCCUCUCAACGUUCUGGCAGUGGUACAGACGAUAUAUAUGUACCAAAGCUGUGGUACUACAGAGAACUUUUGUUUCUUAUUGACCAGGAAGAAUGUCUAGGAGGGACUUCCAACUUAGGAGAAGGAAGAGUCAGUGAAGACGAGGAGAUGCUGGACGAUUCACAAAAAGAACCAUUAGAUGCUGAGGAAAAUGUACCAGCGCCCCAAUCUCUACAGAAUCCUCCUCAAGUUGCUCGAACCGCUUCCAAUAUUACCUCUGCAACACCUGAACCUAAAGAUUCUUUUAAACGGCAAAAAAAAUUGUCCCCGUGUGAUCAAGUCUUGGUUAAUAUUGGACAACGACUGGCAACAACAAAAGAAGAAGAUCACUACGACGCCUUUGGGAAGAACGUUGCUCAAAAGCUGAGAUUGCUGAACAAUGAGCAAAGGAUUUAUGCGCAGAAAAUCAUUAAUGAUGCCCUGUUUGAAGCAGAACUAGGUGGACUAACACGAUUUGCUACAGUUAACCCAGGUAUUCUUUACUCAAGUUCCACAACACCAUCGGCAGCUAGUGUUACCCCAAGUUCAGGAGGUAGAUCAACCUAUGAACCAAUGUAUGAUGAUACAGCAAUGUCUGGCUUCAGUGUCAACUAUACAAAUCUAAAUUAAGUGUUCUAUUAUUAACAAGUAGGCUUAAACCUGUAAACUUUUCACAACCCAAGCUGUGCGGUUUUUUAGUAGGCCUACUCCAGUAGUUGAGUACAUUGAGAGUUAUAUGUUGAACAAAUUACAUUUAUUAUUUUUUUUUUGUUUGUGGUGAAAAUAUUUUGCACUCAAUUAAAAUUACACUUUAAUCUUUAUUCAUAUGCGGUACUGUUGUGAGCUGCCAUGUGUUUGUAAUACUAGAUUGCAAUGUUAUGUUUGACAGUGUCAUAGUUUUUAUAAUUAUUACUUUACUCAUUUGUGGUUAAACAUACACCAUAGGUACGUAUUACUUUUUAUCUUUAUACUUACAUUAAUUAAAUUGAUUUUUUACUUUUUCUUCCUUAGUUAUAAAAAGUAAAUGUGUUGUUUGUACAACGCAACAAAUACAAGUAUGGAUAAUAUAAUGUUUACAAUAAUUUUGUAUGAGUUUCAUUACCUUUUACUACUUUAUAAAAAUGGUUAAAUGUUGUGUGCACACAGAAAUGAACUCGUAAUCGUUAGAGAUACUGGAGUUGUAAUUUAAAAUUAGCAAAAAGUAGUGACAUAAUACAAUGUGUAGGCUAUGUACCUUAACAAAUCCAUAAGCAGAUUAAAAAUAUUGUAAUUUCUUAACAGUAUGUUGGCAUUCGAAAACAACAAAGACCUACUUUAUUUCUUUUUCUAACUUUUAUCUGGUUUCAUAUUUUGGAUUUUUCAAAACUACUUGAAACACACAUUAGGCUACUAACCUUGCAAUAGUCAUUCAAGGCCUUGACAAUAGCUGAGCAGGUCUCUGGAAUUAUUCUUCCUAAUGUUUGGGGGGAAAUUCUCGUUGAAAACUUUAAAUCUUCCAUUGUUCUGCCAGUGCUUAGAUACCGCAAUGUCGCAGUCAGUUUUUCAUGUGGUGUAAUGGCUUCCCUCAUUUUUGUAUCUUGUUUGGUAAUCAAUGGUGUUACUAUACGUAAUAAAUCAAAGUACGUUUUCUCGUCCAUUCUUAAGUAGUUUUUCCAGUCUCUGGGAUAUGCUUCAAGCUCCCUAAGAAGGUGAACGUGGUUAAAUCUCUUCCUCUGAAGCCAUUCUUUUUUCCACAUUUGAUGCCUUCGUUUCUUGCGUUUUUUAAUAGCUACCGCUAUUACAGCGUAUGCUGCCAAAUCUUCAAACGUAGACAUUGCACUUUAACUUCACAUACGAUAAGAACUUAGAAUGCACUUUUCCUACA